CAGCUGAUUGGACAGCAGCUGCGCAUCAGAGCGCAGGCGCGCGCCCGCGGCCCGCAGUGGCGGCUCAGGUGUGCGUGCAGCUCCCGCAUCCCGCAUCGGGGCUGAUGGUGACACAGGCGGGGUCAGCGCGGGGCUGGAGCCGUUCGGAUGGUUCUGGUCGGGACGGUGUUUAGCGGUUACAAUGGAGGGACAGGAGCACGCGGACUGGACCGGAGGAUGCUACUAUGACACGGAGUGUUACCCCGCAGCGGCCAUGACGUCCAUGAGUGGCUACAUGAGCGCGCCCGUAGCUGCCACGUGCCACGUGAACGCGCACUACGGAAGCCCGGUGGGGUUCGGUCCCUCGCAGAGCUGCGGGGCAGCAGCAGCCAGCAUUACCCCCUUCAGCUCGCCGCCUCCACAGGGGACCGGUUCGGUUUACGGAGCGCCCUGCGGCAUCAGGACCAGAGAGUCCAAACCGUACCGGCGGAACCACACCCACGCCAAGCCCCCGUACUCGUACAUCUCUCUGAUCACCAUGGCGAUCCAGCAGUCGGACAGCAAGAUGCUGACGCUGAACGAGAUCUACCAGUGGAUCAUGGACCUGUUCCCGUUCUAUCGGCAGAACCAGCAGAGGUGGCAGAAUUCCAUCCGACACUCGCUGUCCUUCAACGACUGUUUCAUCAAGGUCCCGCGCUCGUCCGAUAAGCCCGGGAAGGGCUCCUUCUGGGCCCUGCACCCGGACUCGGGGAACAUGUUCGAGAACGGCUGCUACCUGCGGCGCCAGAAGCGCUUCAAGUGCAGAAAGAAGGCAAAUCCGGGCUCCGAGGGCGGCUCCGGUUCCGACCCACCAACCCCCUCCUCCCCUCCUCCACCCACAGAACCCAAGGACCUCAAGCCCCCCUCUCCACCCCCGCUGUCCCACCAUCACCACCUCCCCAUCCACCUCAAACCGGACCUCUACCACUACCCCUUCAACCACCCGUUCUCCAUCAACAACAUUAUGUCGGAACCGCAGCUCCACAAAACAGAACCCGUGGUUCAGUAUGGAGCCUUUGGGGGCCCGGUGUCAGGGACGCUGAUGGGGGCCAAAGGUGGCCUGGAUGGAGGGCACCCUGAUCCCAACUACUACCACGGCCUGUACAGCAGAGCCAUCAUCAACCCCUGAACUGAAUCCACACUCCAGCUUAGAUUCACUGUUUGUAUUCUACUAUUUUUAACUAGGGCUGGGUAUUGAUAAUAAUUUACAAAAACAAUUCAAGUCUGAUUUUUUUUUUUAUUCUUUUGAUCCAUGAUUUUACACAUUUAGA